GAGUCAGACGCGCUACCAUUGCGCCACGGAUCCACACAUUGUGCUGUGGCUUCAUUUAUUAUUUAUAAUUAUAAAAUUAAUUUCGAAAUAAUUUCUGGGCAAUGAAAAUUCCCGCCAAACGUAACCGUCCAGAGAGAGAAAAACCUCAUUCCCUUCCACUUCUGUAACAAAAACAGUUGAAUCUUAAUUGGCUUUUCACAAGUGACCGCAAUAACCUCCCAAUUCACUCAACCUUUUUUCGUUUUCUGUGGUUCUCUCUCAAUGGAAGAAGAAACCCCAGCCAAUAAGCUCCAUACCCAGAUCGAAAUCAAGCCCCAAGGCCAAGAACCAGCGCCAUCCUCAUGCUUCAACAACCCCGAAAACAAUAAUCAUCCAGAAGGGAAGUUUCCGUUCUUCAAGUCACGAUACCGCCAGAGGGCAUCAGACACAUGGCUCAUCUCAUUCUUCGUCAUCCUCCAUCUCCUGGCUUUUAUAACCACCACGCUCUUCAACUAUUUACCGCUUGGCAGUGUCUUCUUUCAGCCUCUCUCUGAGAAUCCCCUGCUUGGUCCCUCUGCUUCCACGCUAGAUAAAGUUGGGGCACUUCGAAGGGCAUUUUUGGCUCAGAACCAUCAAACUUGGCGUCUCUUUGUGUGCCCCUGGUUACAUGCUGGGCUCAUACACUUUGCCAUCAAUAUCAGCUGUAUGAUCUUUGUUGGAAUCCACCUAGAAAGAGACUAUGGGCCUUUGAGGAUUGGGGUAAUCUACCUACUAUCUGCAUUUUUUGGUAGCUUGGUAUGUUCCCUUUUUGUUCGAAAUAGUCCUGUGGUUGCUUCCUCUGGUUCUUUGUUUGGAUUACUUGGAGCUAUGCUUUCUGGGCUUGUUCGGAACUGGAAAGUUUACUCAAGCAAGUGUGCAGCUCUAGCAGUGCUUUUUACAGUUUUUGCGAUCAAUUUCCUCCUUGGUCUGCUACCAUACAUUGACAAUUUUGCAAAUACUGGAGCCUUUAUAUCAGGACUUCUACUCGGAUUUGUGCUUUUGUGCACCCCUCAGGUCAGGCAAAUGUCUAAAAACAAAGCAGGGCUUUUUGAAUAUGGUGUCAAAAGUUCCAUCAAACUGAAGCUGGAUAGGCCCAUUCUGAGGAGUGUUUAUCUUCUAUUGUUUCUAAUUCUACUUGUUGGAUGUCUUGUAGCAGUACUCCUAGGCAUUGACAUAAAUCACUAUUGCGGAUGGUGUAGAUUCGUUGACUGUAUCCCUUGCAAAAUGUGGAACUGUAAUGACAGAACAAAUGCAUGUGAGAUCAUGAAUAGCAACUCAGAGUUGACACUGACCUGUUUGCGUAACGGAAACUUCAGGGUCUUCCCUUUCACCAACAUUUCACAAGCAAGGAUAACAGACUUGUGCGCCAUGAUAUGCUGAUGAACUCAAAAGAAGUACCAACAAAAUAUGGACUCAAUUGAGGCAAAUGACCUAAUUGGUUGAUGGAACAUACGGCUGGAAUAUCCAGUGUGUUUUCAAGACAAUGUUCAUUACACGUCAAAACGGCUAUAAAUGAUCAAACUUUUUUAGAUUGAUUGAUAGAAUUCAUACCAUUGACAAGCAUAUUCAUUGCUUCUACCAGUUUUCUGAACAUGUGGUGCUUCAUUCAGUAAUAGAAUUCGUAGAUGUUGAUCUGUUAAUGGGAAUGCUGCAACUAAAGAAUUUUCUUUCUUUGCCUUCAUACUAUUGCAUAUGCCUUUUUUUUCUUGAAAAUUGGCAUUUUAACUCUUUUCACAAUGAUUAUGAACAAAUCAUUACACUGUGCUUAGUAAGAGGGAAAUAACAUUACUAGAGAAAAAGAUAAAGCAGGGAUCUCAAAUAUGGUUUUCAGCCUUUUUCCCCCAAUAAAAUUUGUUGUCGUGAAAGUUGUGGACAGAAGUUCAAACAUGCUAGGAAUAUUGCACGGUUUAAUCUGUAGAACGAGACACAAGAACAAGAUCAAGAUCAAGGUUUAAAAAAAAGUGUUAUUCAAAUCAUCACUUGAUAUUCAUUAUUCAACCUGCAUGGCUCCCCAACAUUACAAAAGGCUAGUAGAAUGAGUAUAUAUAUUCAAUGUUGUAAUUCAUGGUUCAACCCAAAGAUUAUCAUGCAAUUAACAGUAAUGAUCCAGUUUUCUAACUACAGGAAGGGUAAGUUCAUUCUUGAAACUUUAAAAUGGUCCUGAUUAUAUGUUAACAACUAUCAGAACAACCUCAUUGCAGAAGAAAUAAUUGAAGUUUUCUGAUU